GUGUUGGACCAAGUAAGAAUAAACAAGAAAAACGGAAACAAAGAAUCAAGCAAGAAGCACCUACAUCUUCAUUAAAUGGUAAGAUUGUAUAAAAAGAAGUAUAUAAAUAUAUAUAUAUAUAAUAUGUGUAAUAAUAAUAAUUUAACGGUGAAUAAUAACAUCGAAUCAUUAUGUCCUAAUUUAAUUUAAUCUUAAUUAAUUAAUUAACUGCUUUUGAAACUAGUGCCGAGCUCGGUUUAGAGAUGGAAAAGAUAAAAAAAAAAAGUGAUUAAAAAUAAAUUCGCUAUCCGCAAAUUUCCAUAAAAAAUUUAAUUUAUUACUAAAACGAAAAAGGCAGCCAAGACCUUUGAACAAUCAUUUGACAGUUACUCCUUUCUUGUUCUUCUUCUUCUUGAUAGGUAGAUCGUUUGAUCAUCAUAUAUUCAUAUAUUCAUCUGGUCAAGUUCAUAUAGAGACUAACUAAUCAUGAGUGCGACAGUGCUAUUCCAUAUAAGGGGAAUGACAUGUGCUGCUUGUACUUCAUCUAUUCAAGAAUCAUUAUCCCAUUUAUCAGGAGUUGCUAAGAUUUCGAUAUCAUUAUUGACUGAAGAAGGGAAAAUACUAUUUGAUCCUUCUCAAGUUAAUCUUGAUCAAAUUAAAUCUGCCAUAGAGGAUUGUGGCUUUGAUGCAACUAUGAUUAAAUCUAAUAUACCUUUGAUUGCCACUUCAGUACGGAUCGAUGGAAUGACUUGUGGAUCUUGUUCAGCAUCAAUAACAGAGGCGUUGGAAAAGAUUAAUGGCAUUGAUUCAGCUUCAGUAUCGUUAGUCACUGAAUCUGGAUUGAUCAAACAUACUAAUUCAGUUUCCGUUAAUGUCAUAAAACAAGCUAUUGAAAAUUGUGGAUUUGAUGUUACAAUUGAAUCUUCAAAAUCAAUUAAUCAUAACAGUGACACUGAAGUUGAUACUUCCUUUAAUGAAAGUAAAUUCGAAAUUCAAGGUAUGACAUGUGGAGCUUGCUCUGCAUCCAUUACUGAAGCAUUAGAAAAUACUUCUCAUAUAGAAAAAGUAUCAGUUUCAUUACUUACAGGUGAAGCACUUGUUCAACAUUCCAAUGAUGUGACAAUAGAUCAAAUUAUAGAAAUCAUUGAAAAUUGUGGAUUUGAUGCUAAACAUCUUCAUACAAAUAUUCUAUCAUCAUCAUCAAAUUCAAACUCCGCCACUCAAACUAAUAGACAAUCAGAAGAAGAUGAAAUCAGUUUACAAAUCUAUGGUAUCAAUAAUGAAACUGAUUUAACCCAUCUACAAUAUAAUAUCGAAGCCUAUUUAAAUAGCCUGCCUGGAAUUCAUAAUUUUCAUAUUGCAUUUAAAGAAUUACUUGAUAGAUCAAAUGCUCCAUUAGUUACCGAUGCAAAUUCUCAAAGUAUUGCAGCUAUAAGAUCAGAAGAUGAAAUCAAUAAUGAUGGUGAUAAUCUUAUUGAUGAAUUAUCAAUCUCGUUCAAUCCAAAUUUAGUAGGUGUAAGAGAUCUUGUGGAUGGUUUGGAUGGUAUAGCUGAACAGAUCCAAUUUGUGAUUGUCAAUUCCAUUGAUCAAUCUUCAGCCACUCAAUUAAAAUUAUUAUCUCGUAUAAAGGAAAUUAAUUAUUGGAGAAAUAAUUUCUUACAAUGUUUAGGAUUUGGGUUUCCAAUCCUUUUAAUGUCAUAUACUCAAAAUAAUCAAUUUUGGAAAGAUUUAUUAAUAUUUCCAGGUUUAUAUUGGGUAUCAUUAUUACAAUUCAUUUUAGCUGUUCAUGUUCAAUUUAGAAAUGGGGCUACAUUCAAUAAGAAAUUCAUUUCAUUCGUUAAAAAUGGAGGUAGAAAUGCAACUAUGGAUGUAUUAGUUUGUAUUUCAUCUCUGGUAUCAUUUUUAUUUUCAAUUAUAUCGAUUAUUUUAAGUGUUUGGUAUGGACAAGAAAAUUCUCCUCCAACAUUAUUAUUCGAUACUUCAAGUAUGUUAAUUUUAUUCAUUUCAUUUGGGAAAUGGUUAGAAAAUAAAGCUAAGGGAGCAACUUCAACCGCAUUAUCAAAAUUAUUAUCAUUAACUCCAACUAAUUGUACUAUUAUUAAUGAUACUGAUAAUUAUGAAAAAUUCCUUGAAAUGCAAAGAUUCUCAUCAAAACAAGAAAAAAUCAUUAAUGAUAAAGAUGAUGGAUCUAUUGUUAAUAGUAUGGAAAAUUUCAGUACUAGAAAUAUUAGUAUUGAUCUUGUUCAAACUAAUGAUAUUGCGGUGGUAUUACCAGGGGGGAAAAUCCCAGCUGAUGGAGUGAUUGUAUUUGGAGAAUCUGAAAUUAAUGAAUCAUUCAUUACGGGUGAAACUUUACCAGUUCAUAAAAAGAGAGGUAAUAAAGUUAUUGGAGGAUCUAUUAAUGGACUUAAUUUAAUUCAUAUUCGAGUUUUAAAAACAGGAAAAAAAUCUCAAUUACAACAAAUUAUUUCGUUAGUAAAAGAAUCUCAAAUUAAUAAAGCUCCAAUUCAAAGAUUCUCCGAUUAUAUUGCGGCAAGAUUUGUUCCUUGUGUAUUAGUCUUAGCCAUCACUACAUUUAUAUUCUGGUUAAUCAUAUGUUAUAUAAAUCAUAUUGAUACUCUUCCACAAGCAUUCACCAAAGAAAAGAAUGGGAAAUAUUUCGUUUGUUUAAAGAUAGCUAUUUCCGUUAUUGUGGUUGCUUGUCCAUGUGCCUUAGGGUUAGCUGCUCCAACUGCUGUUAUGGUAGGUACUGGAGUUGGUGCUCAAAAUGGGGUAUUAAUUAAAGGAGCUGAUAUUCUUGAAAAAGCUAGUGGUAUUAAUAUUAUUUUAUUUGAUAAAACAGGUACAUUAACUACUGGAGAUAUGAAAUUAGCCAAUUAUAAAAUGAUUUUAAACAAUAGUCAAAUCAAUGAACAAGAUUGGUGGACUAUAGUUGGUUCAGUUGAAAAUAAUUCUGAACAUCCAGUUGGAAGAGCCAUUACUAAAGCUGCUAAAUCCCAUUUAAAUCUUAAUUUUGAAGAAGAUGUAUUUAAUUCAUCGAUUAGUGAUUUUAAAGUAUUGACAGGAUUAGGUAUAAGUGCCAAUAUUCAAGUAAAUCAUAUUAAAUAUCAAGUAUUGGUGGGAAAUAUUAAAGUUGUUGAACAAAUGUUUCCUCAAUUAAUUAGUCAACUUGAAACUAGUAAUGUCAAUAAAUUAAACACAGUAUCAUAUGUUGUUAUUAAUGGAGAAUAUUUUGGAUAUUUAGAAUUAUCAGAUCAUAUUAAAGAAAAUUCAUUUGAAAUUAUUCAAUAUUUAUCUCAAUUUGAAAAUUAUCAAAUUGGAAUGGUUACUGGUGAUAGUAAAGAAGUUGCCGAAAGGAUUGGUCAAGAAUUAGGUAUCGCAUCAUUUAAUAUAUUCAGUCAAGUAUCUCCUAUUCAUAAAGAUAAAGUGAUUGUUGAUCUUAAACAAAGAUUAGGUGGAGAAGGAAAUGUUGGUAUUGCCUUUGUAGGAGAUGGUAUUAAUGAUGCACCAGCUUUAGCUCAAGCUGAUAUUGGUAUGGCUAUUAGUUCUGGUACUGAUAUUGCUAUUGAAUCUGCCGAUGUGGUAUUAAUUGGAAGUGAAGAUGAUAGUAAUAAUAAUGAUUUAAUUGGAGUUUUAAAUGCUUUACAUAUAUCAAAUGCUACAUUUAGAAGAAUUAAAAUUAAUUUUGCAUGGGCGGCAAUUUAUAAUAUGAUAAUGUUACCAUUUGCUAUGGGAUGUUUUUUACCAUUUAAUGUUAUAUUACCUCCUAUAGCGGCUGCAUGUGCUAUGAUGUUAAGUUCUGUUAGUGUGGUUAUAAGUUCAUUAGCUUUAAAGAAUUGGAAAUCACCAAAAGUUGAAGAUGAAUAUAGAUCAUUUAAAAUUGAUAUGGAAUCAAUUUCACAUGAUGUAUUUAAUUUGAAAGAUGGUACUAUUGAAGAAUUCAAUAUGGUUAAAAGAAAUAAUCUGAGAAGUGUUAGAAAUAGAAGAAGAUAUAAUGUUUUUAAUUAUAUUAAAUCUGCUUUUAAUUUUGGGUCGUCAUCAAGUUCAAAUUCAAGACAAUAUGUUUCAAUUCCUUCGUCAUAGAAAAAGUUUAAUUUAGGUAUAUAGUUUCUAUUUAGACAUAUAUUUUUAAUGAGAUAAACGUUAUAUUUUAAUAUAAAU